AUGUUCGGUACGCUCAUUGCCACGACGCUUCUUGCCCACCUGGUCAUGGCCUCACCAGUUGAGGUCAAACAUUGGAAGGACCCCAGCACCAAUUUAACUUGGAUAUACAAGAACUCGCUAUACAACACUGAAGAUGGAACAAUUCUCUCGGGAUCUACCCACGGAAGAUUGGAUACUAUCAAUUAUGGCGGUGGCAUUGGGGGCUUGAGUCCAGAGACGCUAAUUGAGAGUGUUCCCGAAGUUCUCGAAAUUGCUCAAUUCGCCGUCCGAAACAUAAGCGGCACUGGCAGUGCUAAUGCCGACUCGGACAGAUUUCUAAACAUCUCAAUGGACGCUCACCAGCAACUUUGCACCCCAGACUCCAAUGUUGUAGGGGCUGUCAUGAUUCAUGGCACUAACACGCUUGCCGAGACUGCUUUUGGUGUUGAUCUCACCCUAAACUGCUCCAAGGCAUUUGUCGCUACAGGGUCCAUGCGACCAAACUCAGCCAUGUCACCCGACGGGCCAUUCAACUUUUACGAUGCAGUCAGAACCGCUAUUCACCCCGAGGCUCGGGACCGUGGGGCCAUGAUUGCGUUCAACGACCAUCUAGUAUCCGCUUUCUAUGGAACCAAGACAAAUGGAAACACGGUUUCAACAUUCUUGGCCAUUGAUCAAGGCUACAUCGCUCAGAUAAUUGCUGGACAGCCAUACUUCUUCUAUGGUGCAUCUCUUCCAAAAGCUCGCCACUACUUCAAUCCUUUCAAUAUCACUUAUCCUCUGCCCAAGGUGGUGGUUCUAUAUGGUCACCAGGGGUUCGAUGCAAACCUGCUACAUGCAGCAGCAAAGGAUGGCGCCAAGGGUAUUGUCAUCAUGGGGGUAGGUCCCGGCGGAUUGAGCACAGCUGCCACUGAGGCUGCUGAACAUCUCCACGGGAAGGGAGUAAUCACUGUCGCAUCGCUCCGUCCCUUCUUUGGCGCAGUUGUCCCUAGCCCAGAACCAGGCAAUAUUAUCAGCUCUGGCUUCCUACAUGGCGAACAGUCCCGCAUCCAGCUCCAGUUGGCUCUCGCUUCGGGCUUCGAAUUUGAUGAGAUUCGCAGGUUGUUCGAGGGAGAGAUUCGGAGAGCUGUCUACAACUAUGCCACGACCUUUUACAAUGCCACGAAUGUGUGA